CUAUUUUAUCAGCAUACUUUAUUGGUUUGGCGUGUGCCGACACAAAAUUAAUUCGUAGCUCUAUGGCAAUUAUCAAUUUUGAUUACGAAUGUCUUAAAAAUAUAUGUCCAACGAAUAUUGAAAUAGUAUGUCGCAAUAGCGAAAGCAGUAGCGUUGUGAGUGGACCCACAGAAUUAGUACAAGCAUUUAUUAAAAAAUUACAGGUUAAUAAUAUUUAUGUGAAAGAAAUCUACUGUAACAUGCCAUAUCACAGUUCUUACCUCACAUCCAUGAAAUCUCAGCUCUUGUUCAAUUUGAAUAAAAUAAUACCACAUCCGAAAAAACGAAGUCCAAAGUGGAUCAGCACUUCUAUAUCUCGUGCCGAAUGGCACACUUCAGCAUCAAAAUUAUCAUCGGCGGAAUAUCAUACACAUAGUAUACUAAACACUGUUCUCUAG